UUUGCUUGGCUUUACGGAAGCCGAAACUUCAGAGAUUCAGCAGCUGCCCUUUACUGUUUAUUUAUAAUAUUUCUAUGCUUGGGUUUGCUGAAGUACGAAUCCGAGGGGCGUGUUGGCAACUGCUACUACUGCAUUUCUAUGUAUGAAUGAAGGGGAAGGGAGAAAUUUGCAAGUCAUUAUGUUUUUUUGAUGCUUUUGGGAGGGUGUAUUGUAUGAAUGAAAGCUUUGUAUCUUCCUCUUUGAUGCUAUAAUAAAGUUGUGGCCUCUUUUGCCGUGGAUGUAGGUCAUUUUGACCGAACCACGUAAACAUUUGGUGUCCUUUUUUCAUUUUUUUUACUUUCUUUAAUCAAUUUUUUAAUCGAAAACUAUAUUGUUGUGUUUCAUAUCUUUGCUUCGUCGUAGUAGUAACAUGGCUGGUAAGUCUAAAGAACAUGGUUCACCGGCAAUCUGGGAAAAGGAAAUCAAAUUGUUGUUCUGCGACCUCUGUAUCAAAGAAAUUGAGCUGGGCAAUAGACCGACAACCUUUUUCAAUAAAGAAGGUUGGAAUAGUAUCAUUAAACAUUUUAAAGACUCCACCGGACGGGAGUACGACAGGCUGCAAAUGAAAAACAAAUGGGAUCAACUAAAGAAAGAUUGGAAAAUUUGGAAGGAUCUAAAGCGUGGUUCAACUGGUUUGGGUUGGGAUCCAAUAAAGCGAACCAUUGAUGCUUCGGAAGAGUGGUGGGCAGAGAGGCUCGCGGUGGUUCCAGCAGCUAAAAAGUAUAAAACAUGUGGGAUUGAACCUGAGUUGGAGGAGAAGUUAGACCAAAUGUUCGGGGGUGUCGUUGCAACAGGGAAAUAUGCAUGCGCUCCAAGCGAGACGGGAUUUGGUGAAACACAGGACAAUGUUGCUGUCAGUUUAUCAGAUGAUUCACCUGAAUUUCCAAGUGCAGGUCCAACUGAGAUUCAAUCUACGAAUCGCUCUAAGCGAUCUAGGUUCGAGAGCAAAAAAAAGGGUGGAGCUGCCACAAUCAGAAACCAGAUAUCAUGCCUAAUGGAUUCUUCCAAUGAUGCCCCCCAUAAAGUACAGAAAACAUCAAUUAAUGAGGUCGUGGCUAUUCUAGAGCAGGAUCCGAGUAUUGCAGCGGAUGAUGAGCUAUACUACUUCGCUGUUGAGCUGCUUCAAGAUUCGGUGCAAAGAGAUUUUUUCACAGCUAUUGCCAAAGAGCGCAGGGUGUCGUAUCUACGACAUUUUUUUGAGUGCAAGAAAAAUUAAAUGAACUUUUUUUAGUUGCUACGUCCUUACUUUAGUAGUUUAUGAGAAGACAUGGUUAUUUGAACUGUUGUUUAAUGAGACUUUUCAGUUUAUUUUGUUUUCUACCCGUCCUCUACACUAAAUGCUUGUGUUAUUACUUGUCACAUGUUAGAUUAUAUAGGUCUGCUCCAAAUGAUGAUUAGUUUAAUACUAUAUUUUUCUUUGUCAAAAUAUGUCCAGUAUAAAUCAGAAUGGACCCAAACCAAGUACGUCGUAGAAGGAGAAACGCAGCUAUCAACUUGCUCGUAGAGUACUACAACACAUACAUCGACCGUUCCCCCUGUUACACAUCAUCACAAUUUGGAGACAAAUGGGUAGCAGAAAUGCUUGGCGGGCAUCCCACAAGAUUUCACAACAUGUUCCGCAUGACACAAGAAGUUUUUACAGAUCUUUUAGCAGAACUAGUGGGCUCUCAUGGCCUCCAUGGGUCUAUGAGAAUGACUGACCGUGAGGUGUUGGCGAUUACUCUUUAUAUAUUAUCACAGAACGAGUCAAUGCGCGGUGCGAUGGAACGAUUCCAGCACUCAUCAGAGACGAUUAGCAGGUACUUCUCAGUGGGUUUGAGUGCUUUGGUGAGCCUCGCAAAACAAGUCAUAAAGCCAUUAGAUCCAACGUUUUCACGAACGCCUGCAGAGAUUCGUCAAGAUCGACGCUACAU